AUGUUUUCUUCGUUCCUGCGCCAGCUGGCGCAACUCAAGGCCCGCAUCCCAUGGCUGAAGGACUUGCACCUGAAUUUCAUUCUCAUCCACUAUAUUUAUAUCAUUUCGAUGGCUUUGGUCACGUCUAUCAUCAUAUAUCCUGGUAAUGAUUUACCUUAUAUCGAUGCGCUGUUCUUCUCCGCUGGAGCUGCUACCCAGAGCGGGUUGAAUACGGUCGAUUUCAACCUGCUUCAGACGUACCAGCAGGUUAUCCUUUAUUUUGUCUCGAUGCUCACUACGCCGAUCUUCAUCAACACCGCGCUCGUCUUUAUCCGGCUUUACUGGUUUGAGAAACGGUUCCAGCACGUCGUUCGAGAUGCCCGCGCCCUUCGCACGACCAGAUCCCGACUACGGACAAUCAGCGAAGAUAAAAAUUCGCAGUCGUACGGCAGGGAGGAAGCAGGGAUAAAUGGCCGGCCGAUCGUGGUCCUGCGCAACCAGGCCGCCAACCCGCCGCAGGAAGAUUCCCCGCGGAGUGCGCCCAGAUCUCCUAACGAAAGCGACUCCGAGUCUGUUUCGCCUACCUCCAACGCCAGCAGCGCGAAAAUGGAAAGUCAGAGUCCGUUAGCUACGAUAAAUCGCGAUUUUGGCGACCUUCGCGUUCCCGCUCAACUCAGCCCUGAGCACCACAUCGCAUUUUUGGAGAAGCAGCGUAAAAACAAAGGCGCUCUGCGCAUUCCAAGUCCGAGGGAAUACGAUCGCGGCGGAGCGCCGGAGGUGCUGGAGGAAGAAGAGAAUGAGGACAACGAUCUGAGCAAGACAAGGACCGACCAAUCUGAGCCUCGAAGCCCUAGGAAUCUUGACGGGGACGACACAAACAACACGCCCAACAUGGACGGUCCGCAUAUCACGAUCACCGAGCCCCAGCUGCCACGGACGAGAACACGGAACUCCACAUUUCCCCGUAUGGAUACGCGCCCUACAUUUCGCGAGACAAAAGACGACGACGACCCGGCAGCGUUCAGUCGGGCGAACCGAAAGUCAACGUUUAACGGUAUUUUCCGCUCUCUGACACAGGAACGGGACCGGCCUACGCUGCCGUAUCUCAGUUGGGAUGCCACAGUUGGCCGCAACUCGAACUUUAUCGACCUAACCGAGGAGCAACGCGACGAACUAGGAGGUAUCGAGUACCGGGCACUAAAGACGCUGGCCGUCGUGUUAAUUUCGUACUACGUAUUGUUUCAUAUCCUCGGUGUGAUCUGCUUGACGCCGUGGAUUAUGGAGACGCAUUGGGGAAAUGUCGUGACGGCAGCGGGACAAGGACGUCCUUGGUGGGCCAUCUUCACUGCUGCCUCGGCAUUUAAUGAUGUCGGGUUCACCCUGACGCCAGACUCCAUGAUGUCGUUUCAGGGCGCGGUCUGGCCUUUGCUGUUAAUGUCAUUUCUGAUCAUUAUAGGCAACACGGGGUUUCCCUGUAUGCUGCGCUUCAUUAUCUGGACAAUGUCGAAGGUAGUCUCAAAGGAAACGCCGCUCUGGGAAGAGCUGAAGUUCUUGUUGGAUCACCCCCGCCGGUGUUUCACGCUGCUUUUCCCGCGCAAUGCUACCUGGUGGCUGUUUGCGAUUCUGGUCUUGUUGAAUGGCAUCGACUUGAUAUUCUUCAUUAUCCUGGAUCUUAACGAUGAAACCGUCACUUCACUGUCCACUGGAAUCAAAAUCCUGGACGGUCUUUUCCAGGCCACCUGUACCCGCACUGCUGGAUUCGCUGUGGUGUCUAUUGCCGACCUCCACCCAGCUGUCCAAGUCUCCUACAUGAUCAUGAUGUACAUCUCCGUUUUCCCCAUUGCCAUCUCACUCCGACGCACAAACGUAUACGAAGAAAAAAGUCUUGGUAUUUUCGCAGAUGACGAAGACGACGACGACGACAGCCAGACAGCACCCAGCUAUAUCGGCACCCACUUACGCAAGCAACUCGGUUUUGAUCUCUGGUACGUUUGCCUGGGCCUCUUCAUCAUCACGAUAGUUGAAGGCGACCGCCUCGAAAAUAAAAACCAGUACUCCUUCCAGAUCUGGUCUGUCCUCUUCGAGGUUGUCUCCGCGUACGGCACCGUCGGUCUUUCUCUCGGUUAUCCCGGCGUCAACGCCUCCUUCGUCAGCCAGUUCCGCGUUCUUUCAACACUCGUCAUUAUAGCGAUGCAGAUUCGCGGCCGUCAUCGUGGGCUGCCGUACUCUCUCGACCGCGCCAUUUUGCUUCCCUCCGAGUCCCUGCAGCAAAAAGAAAUCUUGGACGCAGAGCGCCGCAUGCGCAGACGCGCGUCGAACCUUAGCCAGAUUGGUUCAUUAGGCCGGCAGCAGUCGCAGGCUGUAUCUGAGAAUAAUGCCGCUGGUGUCUCCUCCGCGCUGGACGCGAGAGAGAGAGAGCGGAAUACUGAAGCCAACACGGGCAUUAAUGCUGCGGAACCAAUAACCAUGAGACGCCAUCCGACGCUGAGGUCGCAACAGUCGCAGCGAUGA